UUUGAAAGUAGACCCUUUGGGUCGAUCUUGACGCAAUUUCGAAAACUCUUUUGCCCCGAAAUACCGUUUAAUCUGCACAUCCGAUCGUCCCCAUUUCGUCCCUGUCUUUAUCUCCACUCAUGGAUCCUUCUCCCUCUCUGAAUUAUAAUCCGGUUACCAUCACAUCACCAUGCCAAGUUCAAAUUCGGCGACGGGGCUUCGCAAGGAAGCAAAGAACAUCAAUCCAGAUGAAAUCAAUCCUUUAACAGCAAUGACUCAAUUGCUAUCAAAUCCUUCCCCGUAUCCGCCGGUUGGAGGCACGAGCACCUGGAAGAUAGGAUGGAAGACGCCAGUAUACAUUUGUACCUUUUAUCUCACAGCUCUACUCCUCGCAAUUGGACAUUUUAUCUUUGCAUGGAGUUUAAAUGGCCAAGCGGUACCAAUCGACGGUUUUCUUCGACAGUCUUACGUGUCAGCAAUUUCCAUUGCUUUCGCCCUAAGUUUUCGAUCUAUGCUUAGCGCAUCGUUGUCCAUCUCCUUCAUUCAACGUCUAUGGUCCUUGUUUCGGUUAAAAGCAAUGAAGGUUUCCACGAUCGACUCAUUGCUCUCCCUCCUCCAAUCACCUCUCAAACUACUACACUUUGAAGUUUUAUGGAAUGCAAGAUUUGAAUGGGGAUUUGCUAUAUUCUGCUUUUGCAUCCCAAUUGCGACAGUAUUCCCACCAGGAGCGCUUUCUGUCGUAUUGAAGGAGCAGCGUCAACUAGAAACUAAUAAGCAGGUUCCAACUUUCAUCCCGACAUCCAAACUCACCGACAACCUGGCCUUUCACAAUGGAUCUGGAAUUCAAUUGGUCACUCCACGCCAAGAAGUUGUCCGUGUGGCAUAUAGAUCAAUAAUGGCGGGUUCAUACAUAGCAGCGCUAUCUCCCUGUGGCCAGAACUGCACAUACGGACUUACAUUCCAAGGCCCAACUCUGCAAUGCAGCAACGUAACUUACCAGAACCUUUCUCUUUCGGCCAUCUACGCCGACUAUUCCGUCCAAGGAGGCGACUACCGAGCCGCCGGAACUCUCGUCCAGGAGAACUUCGAUUUCGAGAUCCACUAUUAUGAGGAGGUUGAUCUGCAACACGAAUUCGAUCCAGAGAAAUACAUAAGCUGCUUCCUGAGAAGAGCGGAUUACUUUGUCAAUGUCACAUAUACGUCUGGUACUCCGAUCCUCGACUUCCAAGUCAACAAUUCGCAACCCAUCAACUCUACGACUCUUCUCGUACCCGGAACACCCCGCAACUAUACCAACCCUCAGCCCGCCCUGCCUGAUGAUAAGGAUUCAGCUGCCAUCGAGAAUCUCAAUAUAUGGGCUAUCUAUCAGUCAAUGGUGCAAGCCAUGAGUGGAGACGUUGGGAGAUAUAGUGAAUACGACCAAGAGGUCAACGACACCAUCGUCCUUGAAUCCUCACUUGUCCAAUACCUCGAUGACGGCGGUCUAGCCGGAGUGAGAUUCGACAUCACUGAAGACAGCCUCAAUUCCAUGCUCCACAAUAUCACUCUCUCGACCUUCAGCCUCCGGCUGUGGGAUACAUCCACAGACGUUGUAACCAGAAACUACGUAAACACAUACAGCUUUGCCGGCGAACAACGUUACAACAUGGUCGUACCAUACGCAGUGUGCUUACUUCUCGCCUUGGCCUUUGUGAGUAUUGGACUGGCCUCACUGUACGAAAAUAGCGUUGGGGCUUCGAACGGAUUCUUGCAGACAAUACAAACUACGAGGGGAAGUAUUGCGUUGGAUAUCGCCGCGAGGGGCAGCUCACUUGGUGGACCGGAUAACAUCCCCAUGGUGUUGGAGGACUUGGAAUUGAUGUUUGGGGAGUUAAAGGAGCCGUAUGGGAAGGAAGGGGCUGUUAGGCGUGCGGGUUGGGGCACGAGAGAUGAAGUUAGACCUUUAGUUAAGGGAGAAUAUUAUGAUGGAUAGAGUAGAGAUAAAGUCAUACACCGAAUUGCAAUGCCAUUUCUUCUCUCUUAACGCGC